AUGUUUUUUAGACGGUAUAGCGGAUUUCUUAAGGAGCAGAAUCUCCAAGAGAAGAUCAAUAUGCUCCACCAUAUGUAUUUGCCCAUGGAUUUGAAUACCGCCUUUUAUCGCAAUAAGUUAAACGCAAUGAAGAAAUUAGACUUCAUUUUAAAGCACACGAGUAGAAGAAACUUGCAGGAAGCAGAUUUUACGGAGCUUUUAAUUUGUGCUUUGACGUUGAUUUAUUUUUUCGGAAUGCGGCUGAAACUCAGCAGGUUGACUUCCAGGUGGUGGUACUGGUGCGGUAAGAGAGACUUUGUCAGGGCCGAAGCCGCCUUCCAAAAGACUAUGGACCUUUUACAACCUGAACGGAGCGAGAUUACGAUUAAAAUCACCCUCAAUUUCUUUUCCGACGUCGCAUUGUGGCCAUUCGAGAGCUUCGUUGAGCAAAUAUUAGAAGUACUCCUGUAUUUCAAUCGAGGAAAUAUGACCUUGUAUAAUAUAAUGCUUACAGACAUACAUUAUGUUCUAUUUUCUGAUGUGAAGUCUGCGAGGCAUCGCAUGAGGGUCCUGUACGAGCUUCUCAAAAGUAAAAAUUGGGUAAUAGACAAACAGAAAUUGCUACCUUUCAUAACAAGGCUCUUAGAUUUCUUUGCUAAAAGUGAAAAUCGCGUUUCCGUGUACAUGUACCUAAGAAAAGGUUUUGAAGUAUGUCUACGGCGAAUUUUUGAGAGAGCGGAAAAUAAAGAUAGAUUGACUAUUAUAACAACAAUGCUGAACUGGUUUGCGUUGGUAAAAAUGAGUGACGAUGACGUUCUAGAGUUUUCCUCGCUGAUCGACAGAGCCGCUGAACUCUACAUAGUGGGCUCUUACAGCGACAGUUUCAGCGAAGGGUUAUUUAAUCAUGUGCUUAAGAACUUAGUGGGUUCUUCAAAUCCCUUCUACAGUCUCAUCGGUAGUCGCCUUUUGCAAAGGUUUCUCGAUCGCCAGGGAAAUGGAAAUUAUUUAGUGACACCUACAAUAUUUUAUGAAUUUUCACAGAUUAACUUGGAAAUAGGAAUUUAUGAUAGCAGCGACAAGACAUUCAUGAGACAUCACAGAGAAACAUUUCAUCGGUAUAUUAUGAAAGCUUGUAGGAGACACUGUCACAACAGCGUUAAUUUAAAGGCAUUGUUCUUGGUCAUAUGCUGUAUUGUUUUGGAGGUUCCUUGUGGGCUGACGGCGGCGGCCGCUGCCUGUAUCGUCAUGUCCAUCCAGGACUUUGCUUUGAAUGGAGAGAACAUAACUGCCACCUGCAGAUACUGGAUGCACGCCGUCGUCGUGUCCGUAAUGUCUUUGAUAUGCUGGGUGCACAAGUCCCCGGUUCUUUAUUCUUAUGUUAAUCAAAUCAUUUCACGUCGAGCCAAAGAAGCUCCCCAACUUAACCCGCCUCUGAUGCAUGUUUACACUAUCGGACAUCAUCACGUUACUUGGAAUAAACCUACACUUUUUUUCGAAGAUUGGGAGCUUAGAUAUGGACUGUGGAAACAUUUUAUUGAUCAAACCGGAAAGGAGAGAGAAAAUAAGUUUGUGAAAAAAAUUCCUUCCUUAAACAUGGGGGCAUGA